AUGUCAACAGAAUGUGUGUCGCCAUUGGAUCUCUCAGAAGACAUGUUGGAUAAGCAAGGACAGCACUGUAAGCUUUUAGACAACCUUUCUGAGCAACUGAGGAGGAAUUGUGAUAUUCAGAUGAAAGUGAGGAAAGGAAAAACGGAUACUACUUCCCAGAACAAUGAAAUGGAUCUAAAACAACCCAGGAGAAAAGACACACCAGCCCUACACAAGCCGCCAUUUAUUCCAGAUUUUUCAGAGCUGCUAUUAAAAAGGUUUGAUGAAGUGGAAAAACAACAAAAGAAUAUGAAAAUACCAUCUCUCCUAAAUAAAGAUGCAGAGUUGAGAAAACCAAGGAGGAAAGACACCCCUGCACUGCACACUUCACCACUGCUCCCAGGUGCAAAAUCUAUGAAAGAAGACAGGGGAACCAUUAUUGUGGAGAGUGAAGAAAGCGAUGGUUAA